UGCCGGCUUUACUAUGGGGCCCCUCUCGUGCCGAUUUGCCAUGCUGCUUCUGCAGAAGUUUCCAGUUAAUUCUCAUGAGCGCCAAGAGCUAUUGCCUCCCACUGAGCGAGAACGCCUUGUUGGUCAGGAAGUGCGUGACGUGAACCGCACAACGGCGCGACUCAACUGUGGCAUUCCACAAAUUCCACCUCGCUGUGAAAGCACCCUCGAUGCCCAGCGCCAGCGUCUACCCAUCUGGCAGAGCCGCCAAAAGUUACUGACCACCAUUGCCCAGAAUCAAGUGACCAUCGUCAUAGGAGAAACUGGCUGCGGCAAGACCACUCAGGUGCCACAGUACCUGCUGGAACAGAACUGCAGCCUUGGUAAUCCGUGCCGCAUUGUCUGCACUGAGCCCCGACGACUGGCUGCUGUGGCUGUGGCCGAGCGCAUUGCUACAGAACGAAAUGAAAAGUUAGGCCACACUGUGGGCUACCAGAUACGACUAGAGAACAGGGUGUCACCUAAAACUUUGCUGACAGUGUGCACUAAUGGCAUCCUCCUGCGUACCCUCAUGGGCAAUGACUCUGCAAUGGCAACAAUCAGCCAUGUCAUUGUGGACGAGGUUCAUGAGCGGGACCGGUUUACCGACUUUUUGCUUACUGUGCUGCGGGACUUGCUUCCAAAGUUUCGGAAUCUAAAAGUGAUUCUGAUGUCUGCAACCAUGGAUGUGGAGCUGUUUGUCAAAUACUUUGGUGGCUGUCCUGUUGUGGAAGUGCCAUCACGAUCAUAUGAAGUGAAGGCUUACUUUCUGGAGGACGUCUUACGAUUGACGGGGUACACCAGCCAAGCCAUGCUGAAGCUGAAGAAAAGCAGGCCCCGGGCUGAGCAGCAGAAGGUGCAGCUUGCCAAGUGGUGUGAUAGCCAGGGCAUAACCACAACUAGUACUGCCCCUUCAGCUAACAGUCGGUCACCUGAGGAGGACCAGGUAUGUGCAGGGUACUCUUUGAAUGAAGUAUCGAACAGACCAGUGUUUCUUAAACUGUAG